UCUCCGUUGACAACGUCUACAACUACUAACAAUUCAAACAUCAUCUUCCCCGCAUUCAUGCAUCUAUAAAUACCCUCCCUCUCCAUCCUAAUCUCAACACUACAAAUCAGAACCUAAGAUUUAUACAAAGAAGAUGGCCGCCAUACAAGCCCACUGCCUCCGAUCUUCUCCCAUUAGGCUGCCGGAGCUCGCGCACUGCCGUGGAAGAUGGGGAGCAAACCUCCAUGCUCCCGUCGGGCCAAAGAUCAAGCCUUUAUUCCUUCCAAGCCUUCAAUCUCUCAUCCCAUUUCAUGAACUCAGCACGCUCAGAGAAAUGUCGACCGUUGAUAAUGACAAACUGGCAACUCAGAAAGAGGAGCAGGAAAACGGCUUAAUCACCACCAAGCUCCUUGCCAUAGCAGAGACAGCCGCAGAGCGCGCAGAAAUGCAUGCCAUAAUUGGCGAGCAGAGGAACAAUUGGAACCACCUCUUCCUCCACUCCAUCAAUUCCAUCACCCUCGCCGCCUCUCUUAUGGCCGCCAUCGGCUCCAUGACUGAAGCAGAGGCAUCUGUCUCUCUGAACCUCUCCUCCGCCGUUCUCUUCACUUCAGCCGCAGGACUAAUGCUGCUCGUCAACAAGAUUCAGCCUUCGCAGCUUGCUGAAGAGCAGCGGAACGCCACCCGUCUCUUUAAGCAGCUGGAGAGAUCAAUCCAUGCAACUCUCAGCUUGGGUGCGGGUAACUUGAGUGAAUCGGAUGUAGCAGAGGCCAUGGAUAAGGUUCUCGCGCUGCAAAAGGCGUAUCCGCUUCCCCUGCUCCCGGGAAUGCUAGAAAAAUUUCCCAAAGUAGUUGAACCUACCAGGUGGUGGCCGAAGCAGAGGCAGCCGCGGCGGAAGCAAGUGCUUGGCCGGAAUGGGUGGAGCAGUGAGAAGGAAGAGGAGAUGAGGGGAGUUUUGAGAGUCCUGAAAGCCAAGGAUGAGAAACAGUAUGUCAGCCUCGGACAAUUGGUGCUUAACAUCAACAAGUUCUUAUCUUUCGCCGGCCCUCUGCUCGCCGGAGUUGCUGCUGCUUCGACCAUCGGCGGUAACCAUGGCUCUGGGUUGGCAGUGGUCGGAGGAGCGCUUGCAGCGGUGGUGAACACGCUGGAGCACGGAGGGCAGGUGGGGAUGGUGUUCGAGCUGUUUAGGAACUGUGCGGGAUACUAUCGGAGAUUAGAGGAGGAGAUAGAGUUCAGUUUGGGGGAGGAGGAGAGGAUGAGGGAGCAAGGAGAGAUUUUUGAGAUGAAGAUGGCAUUGCAGCUUGGCAGGAGUCUGUCUGAGCUAAGACGCCUCGCCUCUUAUUCAUCUUCUUCGUCGGCGGAUGAAGAGAUUAAAGAGUUUGCCGGAAAGUUGUUCUGAUGAGAU